ACACCACAAAAAAGUUGAAAUAACAAGCUCCAAACUGAGAAACAUAUUCUCAACAUGCAUAUCUAACAAUUAAUGUCCAGAAUAGUGUAUAAAGAGUGCUCAUAAUCAAUUAUCAAAAGAGAACCAAAAGUCGGACCUGCUUUCUAGCUACUCUGAACGUUAAAGAGAAUUGAAAAUUUAAGGCCUGCCUCAGCUACAGGGUGAGUUCGAGGCCACACUGGAAAACAGUGCCACACCAUCUAAAGAAUGAAAACUAGAAGAAAAAAAAAAAGGCUAGAGAUGCAGUUCAGUGGUAGAGCAUGAGCCCAACAUGUGCAGUCCUGAGUUCAAAUCUCAGGAUGAGGGGAGAGAGCAUAUAAAAUCACAGGGAAAAGACAAGCCUAACACCUUUGGUAAUUAGGGAAGUGAAAACUUAAAGUAUACCAAGAUACUCAAGCUUGUCAGGUCCAAACAUGUGGCAAGAGGGAUUCUUGUGCCCUGUUAAAUGAAAGCAUUUCUAAAACCAAAGAUAUACAUAUGCUAUGGCCUAAAAUUCUACCCCUAGAAUCACAGCUUUAUAGACACACACACACACACACACACACACACACACACACACACACACACACAAAGACAUGCAUGAGAAUACAGUAAAGUCUUAGAAAUUAAGUCUGAAAUGUGUGAUUCAAAGACAUAAUUUCUAAACUGAAUAUGGUGGCACAGCACAUACCUGUAAUCCCAACCGUUGGUAGGCUGAGGCAGAGGGAUUGCCAUAGAUGGAAGGAGAGCCAGGGCUACAAGGCAAGACCCUGUCUCAAUAAAUAAGAAACAAAGCAAAAACAUAAAAUGUCUAAAAUUAAUCUCUAUGGAAACCAUAAAUAUUUUUUCACAGACUUUUUAUCACUUAGUUACUAAAUUUACUAAUAAUUUAUUAUUCUCUUGGAACUAAGAUAAAACACAUCAGACAGAUCAGUUUUGGAUGAAGAAUGAACAGUUUUUUGGUCUGUUUGUUUUGUUAAUACUGACAAGCAUAUGUACUUUAAUCACAAAAGAUCAUAUCAAGUAUUUAUAAAAUAAAAAUCUUGUCUGGAGAUAACUUUUAUUAAUAAGGAUUAAAAGAGCAUAAAACUUUAUCCUUAUCAUCCGUGAAUGAAAUAACUUGUGUUUUAAUAGCUUAAUCAGGAAAUACAAAGAAGGAAACAGUAAUAUUCAAAGAGCCUGGUGUCCUGUGGUCUUCCUUAAUAACAACCCACUUUCAAGAGCCUAUAAUCUACUCAACAGAAAGCCUUCUAUCAAAGGCCUUAAUCAGAUUCUCAGAAAAUUCACACACAAAAUACACAAGAGGCCACUAAAGCCCAAACAAUCAGGCAUUAGCAGCUUUACAAAAGGCUAGAUGAGUCAAUUCUAAAUGAUGAAAAGAUAAGUCCUUCAAGUGUUUUCUAUUCAUGCAGAAACAUAUAAAGGUAGGGAAUCAUCUGGCCACUGGCAGAGUGCGGAAUUCUUCAUUUUACCCAUUUGGCUUUAUGCAAGCAUCGAACUAAGGAUGGCAAAAAUGAGUCUCUCUUCCUACAUAUUAAUGCUGACUUUUUCUUUGUUUUCUCAAGGUAUUUUACUUUCAGCUUCCAAGUCCAUAAGAAAUGUAGAAGAUGACAUGGUAUUUAAUACAUUUAGGAUGGGAAAAGCCUUUCAGAAGGAGGAUACUGCAGAAAGAUCAGUUGCUGCUCCUUCUCUGGAACAAUAUAAAAAUGAUGACAGCAGUUUCAUGAACGAUGAUGAAAACAAAAACUCAAAGAACACAGGCUCCAAACAGAACCUCAUAAAUCAUGGUCUGCCACUGAAUCUGGCUAUAAAACCUUAUCUCGCUCUGAAAGGAUCAGUAGCUUUUCCAGCUGAGAAUGGAGUUCAGAAUACUGAGUCAACACAAGAAAAGAGAGAAAUUGGGGAUGAAGAAAACUCAGCUAAAUUUCCUAUAGGAAGGAGAGAUUUUGACAUGCUCAGGUGCAUGCUGGGAAGAGUCUACCGACCCUGCUGGCAAGUCUGAAACCUGCUGGUCCACAUCAUCCUUUCAGAAGAAAAUAACUCAUUGAAAAUGGAGAGCAAAGCCCUUAAUGUUGAUAUGACUUAUAUAUUACCCCAAAUGUCUGUUUUCAAAUAGUUAAGAUACGUAAUCAUCUAAAUGAUGUGCUUUGGCUUGUGCAUUAAACUUCAUAAAGAUUCUGCAUAAUUCUGACUUCCUGGUAUUUUUGAACAGUGGUUAACAUGUGAGCCUCACAUACACUUAUUAAAGUAGUAAAGCACCAGAAUUUACAUCUUGAUAUUUAAAAGUCAGCUCAUGGCUUUGGUGAAUGGUCUUAUAUAUCUAGAUCUAAGGCAUAU